UUACAUUAGCAUCCCUCUUUUUUGGAAAACCUUUAAUUUUCCCAUUCUUAAUCUUUGACGGACGGUUUCUCACUCGUUUUAAGUCAAAAUUUAAUUUUUUGCACAGUUAGAUCAGAUUAAUUGUGCUCUUUAAAAUGAUAUCCACUUUGAUAUAUUUUUCGAACAAAAAAAUUGAGCCAUUUUUUAUCAGUCUAUACCAUAUGGUAUUGACUGGUAUUGAAAUAAGAACAUACCUAUGGUUUGAAAAGCGUACCAUGGUGGUAUGAACAAACCAAGACUGUACGAUGGUUGAAUACAUGAUAGUAGAAGUAUAUUAACUGUCAUUUACGACUUUUAUCAUUGUGUACCACAAUAUACCACCCCGUACCAGGGUGGUAUUGUAUGGUAUUGUGUGGUAUUUUUUGGUCAUGCAAUUUGUUCGCCCAGAAAUUUGUAGAUCCAAUAGAUCAUGAUGAACUCGUCCCUUCUGUGCAAACGUUUUCAAAAACGAAUUAAAAACGAAGAAAAUACCAUAUGGUAUGCAGUUGAUACCGAGAGGCCAUAAUUUUUUUUCCUAAAAAAGUAUUGAAAAUUGAUCUCAUUUUGUAGAGCACGAUGAACUCGUUCCAUCUGUGCAAAAAAAAUUAAAAUCCGAGUUAAAACGAAAAAGAUAUGAGCCGAUUAAAAAAGUUAGAAAAAAUAAAAAUGAUAUUCAAUUCAACAUCUUUAGAUUUGGAUUUUCUAAAUAAAGCGUCCAAAUUUGUUUAUUGAUGGGUGCAUAACCCAAUCUUGAGCGUAUAAUUUAGGAAUUAAAUCUCAGUGCCACCCAACACAUGUGGACCAGUUAAUACAAAAUUAAUAACAGUGCAGCAGCCGAUACAGCGAACCGAAAAACACACAUAAAAAUAACAUAAGAAAGGAGAGGGAAAUGACAAAUUCAGCCGUUUCCGGUUUCAACCUUUUGAAGCUUUGACAAUUGACACACGGGUAGGAAGAUCAGGUCUCUCCUCUCUGUUCAAUUUUCCAUCCAACAAUGGGACCUCUGUUCUCUUCCCACUUCUUCACAACCCAUUUAUCUCUACUCGUUUGAAACUCGUGGGUUCACCGGAGAAACCCAAAAAGCUCCGACCUUUAACCACCUGAAAGCAAAUAAGCCAUGGCGCCACUCUCCUUCUUCUUCUUCUUCUUCUUUUCCUUCUCCUUACUGGCCCAUCUCUCCGACGGAGCCGACAGAAUCACCGCCAACCAGUCUCUCUCCGGCGACCAAACCCUCAACUCCGCCGGAGACGUCUUCGUGCUCGGAUUUUUCCGCCCGACGGUCAACUCCACCAACUACUACAUCGGAAUCUGGUACAACUACAAGCUGGUCUCCCAACAAACCAUAGUCUGGGUAGCAAACAGAGCAACCCCUGUUUCCGACAGGUUCUCGUCGGAGCUCCGAAUCUCCGGAGGGAACUUGAUCCUCUUCAACGAAUCCAAGGUUCCCAUUUGGUCAACGGGGCUGAACUCCUCCGCCGCUCCCGUCGACGCCGUACUCCUCGACCAGGGAAACCUCGUUUUACUCCCGGCCGGGUCUGGUUCGAGUUCAAGUUUAACCAAGCCGCGGUGGCAGAGCUUCGACAAUCCGGCGGACACGUGGCUUCCGGGAGGCAAAAUUGGGCUCAACAAGGUCACGAGGCAGACCACGCUUCUGACUUCCUGGAGGAACAACGAGGAUCCAUCGCCCGGCCCGUUUUCCUUAGAACUCGACCCGAAUGGAACCAGUCAGUACUUCAUCCUCUGGAAUUUGACCAAGAAUUACUGGACCAGCGGGGCGUGGGACGGCCGGAUUUUCAGCUUGGUACCGGAGAUGAGGCUCAAUUUCAUCUACAAUUUCUCGUAUAUUGAUAACGUGAACGAGAGCUACUUCACUUACUCGAUGUACAAUCAAUCCCUAAUUUCCCGAUUCGUGAUGGACGUCGGCGGCCAGAUUCAGCAGCUCUCGUGGCUUGACUCGACAAAGCAAUGGAAUCUGUUCUGGUCGCAGCCCAGAACUCAGUGCGAAGUCUACGGCUACUGCGGCGCGUUCGGGAGCUGUACGGCGCAGGGUCAGCCGUUCUGCCGUUGUUUGAACGGCUUCGUCCCCAAAUCGGAGGCGGAUUAUAAAUCCGGGGUUUUUUACGGAGGGUGCGCCAGGAGGGCGAGCCUGCAGUGCGAGAACGGCAGCAAUUCAACCGAUUCGAACCGGAAUCGAGAUGGGUUCUGGCCGAAUUACAACGUGGGGCAGCCGGAUAACCCGCAGACGGUGGUGGGAUCGGCGGCGAGUUCGCAAGAUUGUGAAGCGGCUUGUUUGGGCAACUGUUCUUGCUCUGCUUAUUCCUAUGACGGUAAUCAGUGCUCUGUUUGGUACGGGGAUCUCUUAAAUCUGCAAUCGGACGCUACCGCGAGUGGGAAAACCAUCUUCGUCAGGCUUGCAAGAUCCGAGUUUUCGAGCUCCAAGAAUAAAAACGGAAUCGUGAUUGGUGCCGUUGUAUGCUCGAUUGUGUUUCUGGGAUUUGUUGGUUUGGUUGUGUUCAUAGUGCUUAGGAGGAGGAGAAGGAGAAUGGUGAAGCCAGGGAAAGCGAUGGAAGGCUCGCUAAUGGCUUUUACCUACAGAGAUUUACAGAGCGCGACCAAGAAUUUCUCGGAGAAGCUCGGAGGAGGAGGGUUUGGUUCAGUUUUCAAAGGCGUGUUACCCGAUUCGACCGCCAUAGCCGUGAAGAAGCUGGAAUCAAUUAACCAAGGUGAGAAGCAAUUCAGAACUGAAGUCAGCACCAUUGGGACAAUCCAGCACGUUAACCUCGUCCGCCUUCGCGGGUUCUGUUCAGAAGGCGCUGAUAAAAAGCUCUUGGUCUACGAUUUCAUGCCGAAUUCUUCUCUCGAUCACCACCUCUUCUUCUCAGAAGGCUCUAAAGCUCUUGACUGGGAAACAAGGUACAACAUAGCUCUGGGAACAGCAAGAGGGCUGUUUUAUCUUCACGAGAAAUGCAGGGAUUGUAUAAUCCAUUGUGACAUCAAGCCAGAAAACAUCCUUCUGGAUUCCGCAUUCUGCCCCAAAGUUGCAGACUUUGGGCUGGCCAAGCUGGUGGGUCGGGAUUUCAGCAGGGUCCUGACGACCAUGAGAGGCACUAGAGGGUAUCUGGCGCCGGAGUGGAUCUCGGGAGUGGCUGUAACUGCUAAAGCUGAUGUUUACAGUUACGGAAUGAUGCUGUUCGAGUUUAUUUCUGGGAGGAGAAACACUGAGCAACUGGGAGAUGGGAAGUUGAGAUUCUUCCCCAGCUGGGCUGCGAGGGUUAUUGACUCUGGUGGCGAUGUUCUGACAUUGGUGGAUCCCAGGUUGGAGGAGAAUGCUGAAUUGGGAGAGGUUUCGAGAGUGUGCAAUCUUGCCUUCUGGUGUAUUCAAGAUGAAGAACAUCAGAGGCCUUCUAUGGGUCAGGUGGUUCAGGUUCUGGAGGGGAUGUUGACCGUUGACCUGCCGCCUUUCCCUAGAUCUCUCAGGGUGUUUGAGGAUAACCCAGAGAAUGUUGUUUUCUUCAGGGAUGAAUUGUCAACCACCACACAGAGCUCGCAGACACAGAGCAAUGCUUCUGCUGCUUCAUCUCGUACGAAGAGUAGCAAUUCAUCGACAGGUACCUAGAGCCGGUUAGACUAGUGAAUUGUGGAGGAGUAUUCUGCCACACAGUUCAUGGAGAGAUGUAUUGUAUUUGUAUCCAAAUUCAACUGUUGGUCAAGCAAAACAAGAGGAAUGGAUUCUUGACUAUAGAUUCCAGAUGGUAGGGUCGGGUGGAUUGUACAAGAAAGGAAGAAUAUGCAU